AUGCAUCAGAAAAUAGACCUCUAUGAGGCCACAGAGAUGUCAGUCUCUACAACGGAUAGCUUCAGGCCCGCCUCUGACUGUCACACAGUGGUCACAAGAAUUCACGAGGUUGACAAAGAAAGUGACAUCCUUGAUCUGGCCACCGCAAAGCAUGGCUUUGAAGCAGCACUGCUUAUGUGUGGGAAGGUUGUGAAUCAAGAUGCAUCAAUCAGGUACAUACACACGACCUCUGGUGCAGAAGAGUUUUGGGCUUCCCGUUGUCAUGCCAAUGAGGACACAAUGGUGGGGCAUUUUAAGGCUCAUGUGUACCACCAGGCUUCUCUUGCUGUUGUUGAGGACAUUGACAGUGAGGGUCAGCUCAAGCCUCCAGAAAAGAAAAUAGCAUUGCCUGGGUGGCGCAUGUGCAUGCCAGCGGUAGCAGAAGAGGAUGAUGAGGUACAGGAGGUCCCCGACAAUCUCAAUUGGAAGACACUGGCCGACCACAUAUAA